AUGGAUCGCACUAUCGCGCGUGCGGUGACGGAUAAAAAGCCGGUCCCGGAGAUCGACUUUACGUUACAUGUUAUGGAAGAUGGCACUCAGGUGUCGACCAUGGAGCGAGUAAUUAAAGAGGUGCAAGCGCCGGCGUUGAACACCCCGCCGGACGACCUGUUCUGGUCUCGUGAAGACCCUUCUAAGCCCAACCUGCAGUUCCUCAAGCAGCACUUCUACCGCGAAGGUCGUCUCACUGAAGAUCAGGCGCUAUGGAUCAUACAGGCCGGUACUCAGCUCCUCAGGGCUGAACCCAACCUGCUGGAGAUGGAUGCGCCCAUCACCGUGUGCGGUGAUGUUCACGGACAAUAUUACGACUUAAUGAAGCUCUUUGAGGUCGGCGGAGAUCCUUCCGAGACGCGCUAUCUCUUCCUCGGUGACUAUGUGGAUAGAGGUUACUUCAGUAUUGAGUGUGUCCUGUAUCUCUGGGCUCUCAAGAUCUGGUAUCCGAAUACGCUCUGGCUCCUGCGGGGUAAUCAUGAAUGUCGGCAUUUGACGGACUACUUCACUUUCAAGCUCGAGUGCAAACACAAAUACAGCGAGCGCAUUUACGAGGCAUGCAUCGAAUCGUUUUGCUCCUUGCCGCUGGCGGCGGUCAUGAACAAGCAGUUCCUCUGUAUCCACGGAGGUCUCAGUCCCGAGCUGCACACUCUGGAAGAUAUUAAGGCGAUUGAUCGUUUUAGGGAGCCCCCGACUCAUGGCUUGAUGUGCGACAUCCUCUGGGCCGAUCCUCUGGAAGACUUCGGGCAGGAGAAGACCGGUGACUACUUCAUCCACAACAGCGUCCGUGGAUGCUCGUAUUUCUUCUCAUACCCCGCGGCGUGCGCUUUCCUCGAAAAGAACAACCUUCUCUCCAUCAUUCGGGCGCACGAGGCACAGGAUGCCGGUUACCGCAUGUACCGCAAGACACGUACGACCGGUUUCCCCAGUGUCAUGACCAUCUUCAGUGCUCCCAACUACCUGGAUGUCUACAACAACAAGGCCGCCGUCCUGAAAUACGAGAACAACGUCAUGAAUAUCCGACAGUUCAACUGCACCCCUCACCCGUACUGGCUCCCCAACUUCAUGGACGUCUUCACCUGGUCGCUUCCCUUCGUCGGUGAGAAGAUUACGGACAUGCUUAUUGCCAUUCUCAACACCUGCUCCAAGGAGGAACUUGAAGAUGAUACCCCCACGUCGGUCUCGCCCACCGCUGCACCCCCCUCUCCUCCUGCGGCGAUGGAUAUCGAAAGCAGCGAGUUCAAGCGACGUGCGAUCAAGAACAAGAUUCUUGCCAUUGGCCGUCUGUCGCGUGUAUUCCAGGUGUUGCGUGAAGAGUCCGAGCGGGUCACCGAACUCAAGACCGCUGCUGGAGGUCGUCUCCCAGCGGGUACUCUGAUGCUGGGAGCGGAGGGUAUCAAGCAGGCCAUUACCAACUUCGAAGAUGCUCGCAAGGUCGAUCUGCAAAACGAACGUCUGCCCCCGUCGCAGGAGGAGGUCAUCCGGCGCAGCGAAGAAGACAGACGCAUUGCCUUUGAGCGGGCGCAUCAUGAGGCAGAGAACGACGCCGGGCUGGCGACUGUGGCCAGGCGGAUUAGCAUGUCGGCGGGAUCGGGCAAGACUCGGCGACAAAGGGAUGCUACUCGGGAUUCUCGAGAAGCAUGA